UCUCGAUGCGUCGUUGCUGGUGCCGUCAGCGAGCUGCUACGCAGGGGUGCGCUCUCUCCGCUCUCGCCGCCGCCAUCCCCCUCGCCGCGCUUCGUAGUGCCUUCAGCGCCAUUCGCGUCGUCCUCGGCAGCAGCAGCCGCCGCCGCUGCUGAAGCAACCACUUGCUGCGCUGCCUUUGAUACGGCGGUGAUCUCGAAUCCGGGAGGAGAAGGGGUACGAAAAGGUUCGGACGCUGCGCGCUCUCCAUGCUGUUGCGACAGAUCCUGCUGAGUCUGGGUCUGAGUCUGAGUCUGAGUCUGAGUCUGCGCCUGCUGCCCGCCGCUACCCUUCUGUUGAGCCUCGUCUUGUUGCUGCGACGCCCCCGCCUCUUUCAAGAUAGCCUCGGCUGCCCGCGUCAAAGCCCAGCGCGUCCUACCCCCCGGAUCGCUGUCCAGAUUGAUAUUCGCCGCCCCCGUAGCCAGAAUCUCUUGUGCCAAGUUGAGCACCUUGCCUUUCAGCGUAUCGGAGAACCCGGAGAAGGAGAGGGGGAUGUGCUUGAAGUAGUCGCCCAUCAUUUUGAAGAUGAUUAGGUGCGGGUCGAUCCUGCGGAGGAGGCGCGUGGAGAGAGAGGAGAGGAGAGAGGAUGAGGAGA